UAGAAAAUAUAUCAGGCAGAAAAAGGGAAGUAUUAACAAAGAAGAAAUUCACAUCGAUUUCAUUCAAUGUACGUGUAUUAGUGGUAUCAUGAUGAUCGGAUGUUUUUUUGUGUUUGUUUUAUUUCAACAGGACUGGAGUAUAGGACAGAAAGGUGGCUGUGGUGAUAACAAUAAUGGAUGUUGUUCUGGAACAAUUUGGAAUGAAACGCUCGGCAAAUGUACAGGAUGCAUGCCAGGAUACUUUGACCAGUACUGCAAUAAAACCUGUGAAUAUCCAAGAUACGGUAUGCGCUGUAUGGGGAAGUGUGACUGUGAACAGGACAUAUGUAACAUCGUGACUGGAUGUCCAAAAUACGAGUCAUCAACAAUCUUGGAACUUUCAACCUUUAUCAUUAAAGAAGAUAAAUCAACAAACCCGCUGCUUAACAAUAGCACACAAAAGAAAAACGCCUCAUUAACUGUGUAUUCCAUCCACAAGAAAUCAAUCUUGGUACCAGUCACAUUGGUUUUGGGUUCAGUUCUGAUUGGAGUCUGCAUUCUGUAUGCAAUCAUAUAUUUACUAGAAAAAGGAAAAAUCAAAGGACCUACUGAAUCUCUUUCUACACCAUUUAAAGAAGAUGGACUUUACGAACAGAUUGAUGAAAUUGCAAUUCAUAUCUGAAUUCAUUUCAAUUUCUAAGGAAUGUGUUUUCUGUUCCUUUUGGUUGACGUGGGUGGUUCAAAAAUACACUGACAUGAAAUUGGUUUAAGGAAGUUAGCUCCUGAACUUUUGAGUACAACUGCGCAGGAUGCUGGAACUAAGUAUUUACUGUUUCAAUAUUGAUCCCUUUGUGCAAACAUAUUACACAUUUAUUGCUGAACCCUAUCCAGUUGAAAAUUUUUGUGACAAUUCAAAUUUUGAAAGGAUUUGGCAGGGACUAUAUUUUGUGGCGGAGGGUUUCAUUAAUCAAAAAGUUGUAAUUCUGCAUGAUAUUGCAGUCUCUGUUUCAUCCAAUGUAUCGUCUGUUUUUAUACUUUUAUAAAUGUAUUUCAGUUUUAUGAUUUAUGAUACAGGUAGUUGAGACUUGGAACUAGUUUAACUGUUGUAAUUCAUUAACUUGGUUGAUAUAUUUUUCAAACAGAACACCGAUUCUUAAAGAAGUUUAAAUUAAUUUACUCCAAAUUUUGUAUAAAAAUUUAGUAUUUUCGCCAGUAAUUCAAUUUUUUUUUUUAUCUCCAACCCCAAUUUCUUUAAUUGCAUUUUAAAUUGUAAGACCAGAUCUUGAAAACUGUAAAAUUUUAGAAAUUGACAUUACUCCUAAUAUGUCCUUUUAAACUAUCAAUUUUGAUAUCAUGAAGUUUUUCGUAUAUCAAGUGCAAAAAAGUCAUUAUUUAUUUCCUUUACUAGUAUUGAUUUAUUUUUUAUCUGUAGUGUUAGAAGACAUGAUUAUGUAUCUAUUUUAUAUAAUGAUUGAUUUAUGUUGCUUAUGUUGUGUUGAUACCAACAGAGAAAUCAAGUUUAAUUGAAUGAAUUCUAAGUGCAAAAAGGUCAUGUUUAGAGCACUAUAGCUCAAUAA